AUGUGUAGCAGCACCUGCACUCUGCCUAAGAACCCAACUUACAUCUGGUACAAAAGCAGACAAUGUGUAACUAACAAACUCACCAGAGACAAAAAGCUGUACCUGAAGUGCAGUGAAGAUGCAGGAAACUACUCCUGUGCUGUGAGAGGACAUGAGGAGCUCCGCUCCCCUGAGCAAACACUCAGUGACUAUCCAGAGGAGAGCUCAGAGUUAAACCUGGUCACAGUGGGAGUGUCAGUCUUUCUGCCUCUAACACUCAUCACAGCAGCUCUGUGGAUGUGCUGUGUGAUCUGGAGGAAGAGAGGAGCACAGAGAGACACAGAUAUUCAGACUCCAAAUCCUGCAGACCACACAUGCACAGCUCUGAAUCCCACCACCAUGACCUCAGAUUAUGACACUCUCACACAUCUUACAGACUCUCCCAGUGACACAUACACAGCCUUAAACCCUGAAACCAUGAGCUCUGAUUACAACACUCUGACACAUCGUACAGUCUCUCCCAGUGACACAUACACAGCCUUAAACCCCGCAACCAUGUGCUCUGAUUAUGACAGUCUGACAGUUGUGAAAGCUUCACACAGUGAGCAGCAUGAAGCUCUGCAGAGAGAAACUCCAUCAGCAGAUUAUGAAAACUUUCAGGGACCUUCAACAUAGAAACCCACUCAAUUACACUCAUAUUAGCCCCUACUAUAUUCCAGCAAACUGAAAUCAGUCUUUGCGGCCGAUCUCACGAUCCCUCUUCCCAUCACUCUUGAACAAGACCCCAAGAUACUUGAACUCCUCCACCUGGUGGCAGGUCCUUUUCCCUUA